UGUCCCAUAGCCCCUCUCAGGUCAAGAAACCCUCAGGUUUCAGUCACACAGAAACUGUGACCGCGCAACCUCGCGCUGCUACACCCAAUGAACAUGUCCGUGUUGAUGGUGAGUAUAUUUUGGUCUUUCUCUUUCACUGCGCCAAGCCUUGACUCGGUGCCUCCAGUUUCCGUCCGUGUCUUUGAAUCAGAACAUCACUCGCAGUACUAUACCUCGGGUGUUCACACUACACCACCCCUGCAAUACCCACCAGUGACUUCACAGCCUGCCUCGCAGCACUAUACCCUAGAUGUUCACCCUACUCUGCCUUUGCAACACCCCCCAGCGCCUCCACAGCCUGUGCGAGAUCAGCCUCGUACAAAUUGGCCAAUCCCUUCUCAGGUCAGCAGUUCAACUACGGGCAUGAUCGACGAGCCACCUAGACAAAACCUACAAAAGCCACCUGCUACUAGUAUUGACUCGACUGAUCCAACUGCACGCGCCUCUGCUGUCCACCAACCCCAGGCACCUACUAGUGGCGAUAUCGAAUGGAACGUCUGGCCUGAUGGCCACAUCACACGAAUUUACUCACGCGAAGAUGCCAAACGACCCGAGGUCAAUGAUUUCCAUGUCCACUGGGCUUGCGAGGGUCUAGGUGCGCCUCGAAAGCAACGUAGAGGCUCGCUUGAUGCCCUAGAGUGGCAGGAAGGUGUGCGUACUCGUCGACGCUGCAAUGGCAUCAUUGUAUGUGCCAACCAUGAAUCCAAGGGUGGAUCGUGUGCUAUUGUUGUCCGUCCUACUACGACCAAGAAACUCAUUGCCAAACAGCUUAAGGCAUCAUGCUCUUGUGGUGCCAUGCUCGUCCAUAAUAAUUGUGGUAUAAUUUAUGAUCUUUUCAAAUUUUCAGAAGGUGUAUGCUUCGUUCAUCGAGGCUUUCACCACCACAUUCGCCCACCACGACGACUGCAUCUGACGAAAAUGGAAUCACAUCACUUCCGGCAAGUCAUCAAGGAGCACCCCCACAUGAGUGCAGCACAGCUUGUGAUGGGCCGCCCGGGCAUCGAUGGACUACAUGAGUCAGUUGCAACCAUCUCUCCGGUGCUUCUGAAUAUGGCCAGGGUGGACCAUGAGAGGAAAAAGGUGUUCACUAAGAGCUGAGGCAAGGAUAUUAUUGCAGAUUAGUUGAUGCACUCUACGGGGAUCAUAAACGUCGUCGCAUGAUUCGGCUUGGCAGAUGGACACAUGCGCGCGAGGUUCCCCAGCAUGAAGAUGUCAUCGCAAACUUUAGACACAUUCCCUACAGCUUUAAUAUCGACGAAGCAUUGGCUCCUCACAGUCAACUCCUCACAAAUAUUUUUGAGCAGCCUGAUCCUGCAAAGAUGCGCAAUGCAGUCCCAGUGCUUGGGUACCUUG